AUAGUAUACAGUGCGAUGUUAUUCGUCUCUGUUUAUUAUUGCUGAGAUGAUCACAAAUGUACAUACAUGCAUGUAAACACUAAUGAUGUACCCAUAGCAGUCAAUUAUUUUAAGUGUUUGUUCAUUUAUAUUCUAAGUAGUUAACUUUUUGUUUACAUUUUGCACAAAUAAGAGUUUGGCAGGGAUGUGCUUCUAAUAACCUGUCGUUUUUCGCGGAAGAGUAGUACAUAUUCGCAUUCGAAAUCGGAAACAUUUAAAUUGCAGAUUGCUUUAUUCAGGAGCCUAUCAUUCCAACAAAGCAGACUUAAAAACUAUUUUUAAUGAAAUCAUGUGAACAAAUGAAUGCAAAUACAGUGGAGAAUUUUAUAUAUUUUGAGACGCUAGUAUAAAAGAAUGGAAAACGAAAAUCACCUCUAUAUGGGGAAUCAAUGAAAAAAUUCAGAUUACUAACCAUAUAACUAUCUGCUUUCAUACUGAGAACUUCUAUUCUGGAAUGUGCAAUCAAUGGAAAUCACUUGGAAUAAUAAUACUAACAGUAACACCGUUACAACUAAUUCAUCAGUACCAAACAUUACUGAGACUGUUUUCACUAAUAACAACACUGUUGGUCCUAAUGACACUCCAAAUGUCAUUCCGAACAGUGAUAGUAACAUUUUAAUGAAUGAUCGAGUCUCAGGAAAUGAUGUUAAGGUUACAGAAAAUGGUGAGGGUGUUAAUGGUUUGCGUAAACCACGUCGUAAAACAUCACAUGCUCAUUUAUUAAAGUCGAAAACAUUCUACAAAACCGUAGACAGAUUUCUAGGUCGAAAUCUACCCUUGAAACAAGUAACAAAUGCUUACAAAAGUCAUUUAGCAUCAAAUAAUCAACUUCCUAGUGUUGACCACAUCUCAGUACGUAGCCGUGAUUCAAUAACAGACAUCCUAGAAAAGUCUGUUUACAUACCAGCAUUUCUUAGAGCUCGCAGACAUCAUUGUCGUGUAGUACUGAAUGUUGGUGGUGAACGACAUGAAGUAAUGUGGAAGACUCUAAGGCGUCUACCGUUAUCUCGUCUUGGCCGGUUGAGUAUAUCAAAUAAUCCUGCAGAACUAGCUCAGUUGUUUGAUAGUUAUUCGAAUGAGAAAAAUGAAUUAUAUUUUGAUAGAUAUGCACGUUCAUUUGGUUCAAUCCUUGGUGUUUAUCGUACAGGACAUUUACAUUUUUUGGAAGACAUUUGUGUGGUGGCUUUUAAAAAUGAUUUAUUCUACUGGGGUAUAAAUGAAUACCAAUUAGAAACGUGUUGUUAUUAUAAAUAUUAUUUAAAAAAGGAACAGGUUCAAGAAGAAUUAAAGAAAACUAGAGAAAUAAAUCUAUCUCAGGCUCAAGAAGAACAAUUUGGCACAGGAAGGUGGGCUACAUUGAAAAAGUAUGUAUGGGACUUGGUUGAAAAACCUCAGACUUCAAUGGCUGCUAGAAUAUUUGCUGUAAUUUCAAUAGCUUUCAUCAUAUUAUCAAUAAUUGGAUUGAAUUUAAGUACAAUACCUGAACUACGUGGAAAUUCGUCUGGAAUUAAUCAUGAUAAUCAUACCACAAGUAAUGCAGAUUAUGUAAACGAACAUUUAGAAACGUUAGAAUCAAUUUGUACAAUAUGGUUUACAGUUGAAUAUGCAUUACGCUUAUCAGUUGCGCCAAAUAAAUGUACAUUUAUUAAAAGUCCAAUGAAUCUUAUCGAUGUUAUUGCUAUACUACCUUAUUAUUUUUCUGUGAUUUUUGAAGUAUGGCUUCAUUCCCCAUUAGAUUCACUUGUAUCUAUGCGUAAAAUUGUACAAAUGUUUCGUAUUCUGCGUAUAUUACGUGUUUUUAAAUUAGCACGUCAUUCACAAGGUCUACAAGCACUUGGUUAUACAUUAAAGCAAUCUUAUAAGGAAUUAGGUUUAUUAAUGCUAUUUGUUGUACUUGUUGUUCUAUUAUUUUCAAGCUUAGCUUAUUUCGCUGAAAAAGACGAUAAUAAGAAUGAAUUUCAAAGCAUACCGGCUACAUUUUGGUGGGCUAUCAUCACUAUGACAACAGUUGGUUAUGGUGAUAUCACACCAAAAACAGUAUUAGGCAAAGUCAUCGGUUCAGUAUGCUGUAUAUGCGGUGUGCUUGUUGUCGGUCUACCAAUCCCAAUUAUUGUUAAUAAUUUCGCUGCAUUUUAUCAUGAUCAAAUGAGACGUGAAAAAGUUUUAAAACGACAAGAAGCUCAUAAUGAAGGUUGCCAGUUGGGAGAUACGAAUUUUCUGAAAAAGUCAAAUAUAAGUCAGAAAGCGUUAUACAAUAAAAGAAGUUUCAAUGUUAUUAGAGAUCGUUAUUCAUUAGGUUCAAUAAAAUCAGAAAAUGCUAUUGAGCGUGAUUAUCACAGUAAUUAUAACAGUUGUUGUAAUAAAUUGACAAGUGAGAAGGAAAGAAACUUUAUAAACAAAGAAAUAGGAAUCAUUAAUCCUAGCGACAAUUUGAUUAGAUAUAAACAAGUUAGUCUGAGUGUGAAUGAUGUCGAUAGUAUGGCUUGUGGUGAAUAUUAUUCAUGACAUUUAUAUUUCCACAAAUAUAAAUCGGUAGUAUGUUUGAAAAUGGGACUAUAUCAUACGAAUAAGAUCAGCUUGAUCUUUUUUCCUCCAUCUCUUUGUCUAUCUCUUAAACGGUUUUUUUUAUUCAUUUUUCCUUGAUCAUUAUUUGCACUUCAGUCAACUCAUGUUAUCGACUAUUCACACCAACAGAUAAAUACUGAAUUUUUUUCCCUUAUGUUCUUACCAUUUUUCCUACAACUAUUUGCACGAAUUAUCAGAAUUUUCGGAGUCUGAUGAAACAGAUUGUUUAUAAGUAUAAACGACAUCAUUUAUUUCAUUAAAUAUAAUUCUUUUAAAUAGAAAUAAAGAGAAUUCAACGAAAAAA